AUGAUGUACGAUUACCAUAUCAAUGUAAUGAAGGCGCAUUAUGGUAAUAAAAUCAACCUCAUGUAUACAGAUACAGAUUCACUGAUAUAUCAUGUUAAGACUGACGAUUUUUACAAAGAUUUGAAGUGCAAUUCAAACUUACUUAGCCGGAUGGAUACUUCAGAUUUACCGAUAGACCAUCCAUGCUACAUUGCCGAACGAAAGAAAAUUCCAGGAUUGUUUUCCGAUGAGGCAAAGGGACAGCCAAUUACCAAAUUUAUUGCGAUUAGAGCAAAGUCAUACGCUUACAUUUUGAACGACAAGGAGAAAAUUAAGGCAAAAGGCGUCCGAGGGCAUGUAGUUAAAAAUCACAUGACUUUCAAUGAUCAUUUCGAUUGCCUUUUCACCGACGACAAAAAAAAGGGAACUCUAAACUGUAUACCAGGGAAAAUAUAUCCUUCAGAUCAUUCAACCAUAAGAUACGAACAAUCAAAUCCGAAAAAUUAUGCUUCAACCGACAAGAUGAUAAGCGGAUAG